AUGUUGCCUUGGAGCUUCAAGUCGGAUUUGAAGGGAACAGAUGCUAUGCUCACCCCUAACGCCGCCAGAGAAGCCGAGACCCAGCUCCGGUUUCCAUCUCCGACCGGCGUUCAAAGUUCGGAAGUCUUGUCUCGUAACAUGAGCAGGCUCGAGCGAUCUGAGGAACAGCCUGAUGGGAGAAAGAACACAAAAUCUAACCCGUCUACCCCCAAGUCUCGACUCAAGGAGUCCUACACCCACUACACCUUCCGGGACAUCUAG